AUGGGGUCAUCGCCUUCUCUAGUUCCUGUUCUGUUCCUCAUCGCAAUGGCGCCGCCGUCCUUCCCUUCCGAGAACAUGCGCCACUUUCCAAAAGCAAGCCCUUAUUCAACGGCCGAGACGUAUGAGGGAAACAAGACCAGAUUUACAGCCUGCGGCGUUGGGAAUAGUCACAGAGGGACGUCAGCCUCUGCUGGUAAUGAGCUGGAAGCAUCGUUGUUUAUUCGCCAGAGCCGAACCACUGCUGCGAUCAGAGGGGUCUCAACCGCUCGGAGUGAUUCAAAGGCAGCGGACUGGGAGAAGACUCUCCGGGCAAUCUCCGAGUUAUCACGGGCAGAGCUAGGCCGGAGCUUUCAGAGAAAGCAAGAGUUGCAAAGGGUCAAUCAGGAACCUUUGCGAGCUUCUAAACAAGGGACUCCCGCGGCAAAAGAAGACCAAUCUUCCAAGGCAGAGGUGGUUGUACACGUGUCAGAAGAACCGCUUAACGACGGGUUCCUCAGGCCGCCUCAGAAGCCCCCGGGCAACGAGAUGUGGGCUCCGUUGAUCGGGAUAUCUUGCCUGGCCGUCGGUAUUUUCUGCUUUGUGAAGGCGUUCGAACUCCUCGAAAAGCACUUUUUCGUUAUGCUUCUUCUCGAUUGGGUGGGGUUUUCUAUUCUCAUAUCUGUCGGCUGGCAUCUCCUGACGGAAGCGACUCACCCGAGCACUUCCCACUUCCGGCCGAGGGAACCGGGGCUCCCCCUCGACUGGCACAACCUGUACGACCCAAAGGCGCUCAGAGAGUAUUACUACAACUCGGCCAAGAGAAGCGCCCAGUGGGAUCAUCCGAGCCCAGGCGCCGACAGUGUAAAUGCGCCCGGGGGCUGUGUAACUAGGGGGGGCAUGCUAUCCUACGCAAUCAGCGGUUUCUGGCACCAACUGGCGGUACUCUUCGCUCCGGUCCUUACGACGGGGGUUUAUUUCUCUCUGCUGAGAACACUCGUAUGGUGUACAACGUCCCUCUUUCAGUCGAAGUCAAGCUUCGGCUUCUCCCUCGCGCUGAGUGCAACCUUACUCGCGCUGCCCGCCCCCAUCCCCUUUCUCAUCAUUGAGCUGGGUCGUCUACUCCCUUCCUUAAUCGCCCGCAAAGCGUUUCUCCUGACCGCGUUCGGAACCGCGCUCUGCUUCGCGCUUCCAUUCACCUUGAUCCCGAGCGCGCGCUCGUUCCUGAAAGCCGUCCGCCAAGCCGCGCGCGCGGGCCUGCCGCACAGCGACCUCGCGCACUGGGACGCGCGCGCGCUCGCACGCCUCGCGGCCGCGGCGUGCCCCGCGCUCAGCUGGCGGCUGCAGCCGUCGGCGCUGCGGUUGGGUUUCUCCCGGGUGGCGCUUUUCCCGCUGCCGUUCGAUUAUCUCCUCCCGGUCCCUGUUCCCCGGUGGGAGCUCCUUGGGCGGUCUUGGGCCGGAAUCCUCUUCGCGGCGACCAUGGCCCUUCCCCUGGCGCGGCUGGUCGCCGCCGCGACCGCUGAAACGCCAUUGACGCUGGGCGUGUUCUGGGCGACCGUUUGCGGGUCGAGACCGUUACGAGUUGGCGCCUGCGUUUCGGUAGUGGCUUUUCUGAUGCGGCGGCAAAGAGAUGUUUACGUGGCACGGCUGGAGGAAAGCGAAAGAAACGAGGUCGAGGAGAUGGUGACGGAGGAGGAUUUAGAUCGGAAGGCAUUAGAAGAGUUCGAUCGAAAGUUGGGAGAUGGGAACUCUUAG